AUGUUCGGUCGAUCUCUCGCAACAGCAGUUGCAGUGACUCUGAUACUGUUCAAAGACGCGCAAGCAACUAGAUCGGGUCAUUCUCGAGUAUCAGAGAACAUCAGUAGAUCUGAUUACCGAUUUCUGAAUGAAAUUACGCAGCCGCACUUGGUUGAAAGCCUGCCUGAUGUCCAUUUUGACUUAGGCGAGAUGUACUCGGGGUCUAUACCAGUCCGUGAGAAUGCUUCUCUCUUUUAUAUUUUCCAGCCGAAGAUCGGAGAGCCAAGUGACGACCUCACAAUAUGGCUUAGCGGUGGACCAGGCUGUAGUUCAAUGCAAGGUUUCUUGCAAGAGAACGGGCGCUUUACUUGGCAACCAGGUACUUACAAGCCAGUCGUCAAUGAAUAUGCAUGGGUGAACUUGACCAAUAUGCUAUGGGUCGACCAGCCAGUUGGGACCGGGUUCUCAGUCGGCACUCCAACUGCAAAAGAUGAACAGGAUAUUGCAGUUGAUUUCGUCCACUUCCUAACACAAUUUCAAAAACUAUACAAUAUAAGAAACUUUCGAAUUUUCAUGUCCGGCGAGAGCUAUGCGGGCCGCUAUGUUCCUUACAUAUCUGCUGCUAUGCUUGAUAAAAACGAUACCGAACAUUUUGAUCUCAGUGGGGCUUUAAUGUAUGAUGCAUGCAUUGGCCAGUGGGAUUGGAUUCAAGCGGAACUCCCUGCUUAUCCAUUUGUUCAGCAACAUUCGGAGCUAUUCAACUUUAAUAGCUCUUUCAUGAAAGAAUUGCAGUCUACCUACGAAGAGUGCGGCUACGAAGCGUACUUCGACAAGUAUUUCACUUAUCCAGCCUCUGAGGUACAGCCAGCCAAAUAUAUAAAUUAUUCCGUCUGCGAUAUUUAUAACAUGAUCUACUACGAAGCCUAUGAUCCAAAUCCAUGUUGGAGUCCCUAUAGGGUUAGUCAAACAUGUCCUCUGCUAUGGGAUGUCUUGGGAUUUCCUACAGAUCUUGCAUAUGAACCGGCUCCUACAACUUAUUUCAAUCGAACGGAUGUUAAAAAGGCUCUUCAUGCGCCUGAAAGUGUUCAGUGGGAGCUAUGCAGCUCCGAGAGCGUCUUUGUGGGUGAUAACCCAGGGCCUGAGCAGCAAUACGAUACUUCUCUGAAUCCUACAGAAGGUGUUCUUCCCCGCAUCAUAGAGGCAACGAACCGGGUCCUAAUUUCAAAUGGAGACUGGGAUUAUUUGGUUAUCACGAACGGAACGCUACUGGCAAUCCAGAAUAUGACCUGGAAUGGUGAAUUGGGCUUUCAGACUCGUCCUGCAACUCCUAUUAACAUUGAAAUGCCUGAUUUACAAUGGUCUGCAAUUUUUGAUGCACAAGAUGGAUACGGUGGUCUCGAUGGUCCACAGGGACUCAUGGGUAUUCAACAUUAUGAACGGGGCCUGAUGUUUGCGGAAACUUUCCAGGCAGGCCACCGACAAGCUUCAGAUCAAGGUCGAGUGUCAUAUCGUCAUGUUCAGUGGAUGUUGGGUGAGAUUGAUAGCCUUUGA